AUGAAGAGAGAGAGUCGACAGCAUGGGAUGGUUAGGAGCUACAUGGUCUUGCCAUCACCAUUAAAUCCUACACCCAAGUCAAAAAUAGUCAACGCACUAGAAUCCCGUCCAACCGCCGGAGCAUACACUAAAGUGUCAAGGAAGCCAACGAAUCACUCCAAGUUCACUGGUAAAUGCGGUGUAGCGCGGUGCACAGAUUGUCAAAUUAACCCGGGGAGCAAAUCGAAAGACAAGGCCAAAGGAACUCAAAAGCUUAAAUCAUGCAGGGUCGCAAUGAAUCAGCAGUCAUUGGCUUGGAGUGUCGUGGAUGCUAACAAUGGAAAUGGCUUUAAUUAUGAUUCAAAAUCCGCUACGGGUAUCUUGGCCGCUAUUUCUAGUGGUGAAUACUUUGAUGAUUAUUACUAUGGUGACGAUGACAUUGAUAUGAUGGCGAUGAGCCAUUGA